GUUCGAUAUUCGGAAUACAUUUGCAGUGCUAAAAAUAAUCUUAACGCAACAAACGAUGUUUCGAUACGUUGUUCUGCUGGUUGUGGUUGUGCUGAUGCUGUUGGUGAAUAGUGGUUAUGGAUACAUCGUCAAGGAUGGAAAUUGCUCUCUGGUUUCCAGUAGCAUGCCUGUGGUGACCAAUUUUGAGCUGGAAAAGUAUCUUGGCAAAUGGUAUGAAAUCGAACGAUACGAACAGGACUACCAGCGGAAUCUGGAGUGCGUAACGGCAGAGUACAUCCGAAAUAGCCAGGAUGCAUCGGUAGAUGUCAAGAGCAAGGGAUUCCUAGCAACCAAGGAUGCAUACGCUUCAUUUGCCGGAAUAGCUGUAAUGUCCGAUCCUCAGGCGAAUCCUACCGUUGGAAAAUUGAACGUUAGCUAUGGGAUCAGAGCUAGUGGAAUUUCCAACUAUUGGAUCGUGGACACCGACUACGUAAACUAUGCAGUAGUUUAUUCCUGCACACCAAUUGCCGAUUCCGAAUCCAUCAUCGAAGGAUAUUGGCUUCUCUCCCGAACACCAGCCCUCGCUGAAGAGCCGCAGCUAAUGGACAAGCUACAAUAUCUACAAACGAAUUAUUUCGUACCUUCGCACGUCAGAGCUACCAACCAAAGCGAAUCAUUAUGCCGAAAAGAGCCUGAAAUACCACCGGUUCCAGCAGAGACCGUUCUGCCACCGUUGCCAUGAAAUUGGUCGUAAAUUUAACUGCCUUCGUCUCAAAUUUGUCAAAUCCGGUCGACUAUUUCAGACAUCGACAGUGGUGCCAUCAUAAGCACACAGUAUUAACCAAGCCAUCUUCGACACUUUUACUUUCAACCACUCAACAACAAGACUAACCGGCCGGCCACUGAGUGUGAUUCUCUUUAAUCUUCUUUUCUUUCGACAUCCAUACAUUAUACCUAGGCGAUAAGUUUUUUGUUUCCUUUGAUUUGUUUUCCUUACUGAGUACCAAUACUACCGACGCUAGGGAGGCAGCUCCCACACCUGGACCCUACCUAUCGACCCAUCAUGGACCGGGGACCAACGGCUUUACUUCCGUUCUGAAGGAAGACGUGGUGAUCAGAGUUUUAUGCCUCAGAAAAUCCCGACGGCGCCGACUGGGAUUGAACCCAGGCCCUUUGGAGUGAGAGGCAGUCACGCUUACCACUUCAUCACGGGCACCACUCUAGGCGAUAA